CAUUGUAUAUAACGGAUGAAUACCGUGGAAAUCUUUGUAUUUCACGACAAGGAAAGAAACACCGCGCCCCCAGAGAGAAGAAUCGCUGUCGGAAUGAAAGACGAAUUAAAGUAUCUUACGGGAUUCGGCUGCGAGUUCUCUAGCGAGGAUGAGCGCUGUCCAGGAGCAUUGCCUGUCGGACAGAAUAAUCCGCAGAAGUGUCUAUAUGGACUUUAUGCCGAGCAAUUAUCGGGAACAGCGUUUACCGUUCCGCGAAGUCACAAUAAAAGAUCGUGGCUCUAUCGGAUAAGACCAUCCGUCGUUCACAAACCGUUCAAACCGUUUAUAAAAUCCGACUGUUAUCUAACAAAUGACUGGAACAGUACAUAUCCCAAUCCCAAUCAGCUAAGAUGGAAAUCGUUCGACGUGCCGUCUCGACGAGAUCCUGAGAUUAAUUUUGUCGAUGGUCUUCACACUUUGUGCGGUGCGGGCGAUCCUAAAAUGCGUCAGGGUGUUGCCGUGCACGUGUAUUUAUGCAACGCUUCCAUGAAAGACAAAGCCUUUUACAACGCUGAUGGCGAUUUUCUCAUCGUGCCACAACUUGGCGUUCUGCAGAUCGCUACGGAGUUUGGCAAAAUGCGAUGCGAGCCAAAUGAGAUAUGCGUGAUUCAGCAGGGAAUGCGAUUCUCCGUCACGGUUUUUGGUCCGUCCAGAGGUUACAUUCUCGAGGUCUACGACAAUCAUUUCCAGUUGCCUGAAUUAGGACCGAUAGGUGCGAACGGCCUCGCGAGUCCGAGAGACUUUCAGACACCGGUGGCUUGGUACGAGGAUCGCGAGAUCAAUUAUGAGAUCGUAUGCAAAUAUCAGGGAAAGCUGUUUGUCGCUGAUCAAGGUCACAGUCCCUUCGAUGUGGUCGCAUGGCACGGAAAUUACGUACCUUACAAAUAUAAUCUCGACAAAUUCAUGGUCAUCAACUCGGUGUCCUUUGAUCACUGCGAUCCGUCCAUCUUUACCGUGCUAACUUGCCCGACUAACAAACCUGGAACCGCAGCGGCCGACUUCGUGAUCUUUCCACCCCGAUGGUCCGUGCAGGAACACACUUUCCGACCCCCUUAUUAUCAUCGAAACUGCAUGAGCGAGUUUAUGGGAUUGAUAAAAGGUCGUUAUGAGGCAAAGGAAGAAGAUUUUAUUGUCGGUGGUGCUUCGUUACACUCAGUCAUGACUCCGCACGGUCCCGACAAACAGUGCUUCGAGACUGCGUCGACACGUCAGCUGACACCAGAACGGAUCGCCGAUGAUACACAAGCGUUUAUGUUCGAGACCUCGUACAGCAUGGCCGUGACAGAAUGGGCCAGUAAGCUCUGUAACAAGCUAGACGACAGCUACUACGAAUGCUGGCAAGGUUUGCGGAAACAUUUCGAUCUCGACGAUAAGUCGAUCAGAGCGACUUAAUCAGUAUGUGUUUAUUUUUAACAUGUCUCCGAUCGUCACGUCAAGAUAAAUGAAAGAUUUUUCUUUGAUACUUACUAAUAUAUAAUUUUUUUUCUGUUUCACUUAAGCAUGUUUAGAUCGUUAGAGUUAUUAUCUACUAGUGCCAUUUUCAAGAAAAAAAAAGAUUAUAUUUUGAUGAAAAAGUGAAAGGGCGAGAAGAGAAGUAUUUUUCUUUUCACCGAUUUAAUUUCCCUUUCACUAGUUUGCUGCGCCAUCAAGAGCCUUUUAAAUUACGUGUUAUUGAUGCUACUGGUAUUUUCAAGUGUAAAGGAAACAUCGUGCGCGUGCUGCGAAUCUUUCUCUCUCCUCGCGGACGUCAAUAAACUCCUUUCAUAUCGCGCAAAAUUGCAAAAUUAUCUGGUGCGUGCAGAUGGGACUGAUUAUAAAUUCGCCACAUCGGCAAAACAUCACGCGCGAGAAAAAUAUUAUCGCGAGUGCAAAGAACUUUUAAUCGCGUCCAUCUCCUGCUCUCUCACGUCGGCUCUCGCGUCCAAUGCGAUGUGACAAAGGUAUGCUAGAUAAAUAAAAAAACGCGAUAUAUUGUAUGUAUACACGCAAUGUAUACACUAUUCUGAAAUAAUUGUAUUUGAUUAGGAUCACGUGAGCUUAUCUGAAGAUAUCUAUUGAAUUGUCAUACUUUAAUCACAUCACAAUGGAAAAAAACUUGAUUUAACAAAAGGAUAAUUUACAUAGCACACAUAUAUAUUUCAUAAUUCUAUAAGCAAUAUAUGUUUAUUAAAGUAACAAUUUGCGAUAAAAGAAUAAAUGUAUGUCAUCCUAUGUAUACAUAUAUGAGUAUAUGAUACAUAUCUCUCUGCAUAAAAACAUUUAUUAAAUUGUUCAAAUUAUUGUUGUCUGUUAUUUUAAUAAUUGCUAGUAUUUCUCUCUAACAUGACUGUAAUGUAUUUUGGUCUAUCUGCAAUUAUUUGUAAAAUAAAACAUAAUGCGCAUAUAGUACGUUUUUAACAUUUAAUUCUUGUAUUUUUUAAUUACUAAUGCAAUACUUUUAUUCUUUAUCUUAUCGCAUAUCUCUUUCUUAAAAAUGUUCGUGCUGCAAUUUAAA